AUGUAUAAAUUCUUUAAACUCUCAAUUUUUUUUUCUUUUUGUCAUAAUCUCCAUAAUCUUGGUUUAAACUUCCUUUCUCUUUCCUUUUCCUUUUGUCUUUCCUUUUCCUUUCUUUCUUUUUUUUUUCCCUUUUCUUUCUUUCUCUUUCUUUUUCUCUUUUCUUUCUUUCUCUUUCUUUUUUCUCUUUUCUUUCUUUCUCUUUCUUUUUUCUCUUUUCUUUCUUUCUCUUUCUUUUUCUCUUUUCUUUCUUUCUCUUUCUUUUUUCUCUUUUCUUUCUUUCUCUUUCUUUUUUCUUUCUUUUUUCUUUCUUUUUCUCUCUUUCUUUCUUUCUCUUUCUUUUUCUCUUUCUUUCUCUUUCUUUUCUUUUUCUCUUUUCUUUCUUUUUCUCUUUCUUUUUCUUUUUUCUCUUUUUUUUCUUUUUCUUUCUUUUUUAUCUUUUCUUUCUUUCUCUUUCUUCUUUUUCUUUCUUUCUCUUUCUUUUCUCUUUUCUUUCUUUCUCUUUCUUUUUUCUCUUUUCUUUCUUUCUCUUUCUUUCUCUUUUUUUUUCUUUCUCUUUCUUUUUAUCUUUUCUUUCUUUCUUUUUUUUCUCUUUUCUUUUCUUUCUUUUUUAUCUUUUCUUUCUCUUCUUUCUCUUUUUUUCUUUCUUUCUCUUUCUCUUUCUUUUUUUCUUUCUCUUUUCUCUUUUCUUUUUCUUUUUUCUUUCUUUUUAUCUUUUCUUUCUCUUUCUCUUUUAUCUUUUCUUUUCUUUCUUUUCUUUUUUCUCUUUUCUUUUUUUUCUUUUCUUUCUUUUUCUUUUUUUCUUUUCUUUUCUUUCUUUUCUUUCUUUUUCUUUUCUUUUCUUUUUUCUUUUCUUUCUUUCUUUCUCUUUCUCUUUUCUUUCUUUCUCUUUCUCUUUUCUUUCUUUCUCUUUCUCUUUUCUUUCUUUCUCUUUUAUCUUUCUUUCUCUUUCUUUUUAUCUUUUCUUUCUUUCUCUUUCUUUUUUAUCUUUUCUUUCUUUCUCUUCUCUUUUUUAUCUUUUCUUUCUUUCUCUUCUCUUUUUUAUCUUUUCUUUCUUUCUCUUCUCUUUUUUAUCUUUUCUUUCUUUCUCUUCUUUUUUAUCUUUUCUUUCUUUCUCUUUUCUUUUUUUUCUUUUUUCUUUUUUUUCUUCUCUUUUUUUCUUUUCUUUCUUUCUCUUCUCUUUUUUAUCUUUUCUUUCUUUCUCUUCUCUUUUUUAUCUUUUCUUUCUUUCUCUUCUCUUUUUUAUCUUUUCUUUCUUUCUCUUCUCUUUUUUAUCUUUUCUUUCUUUCUCUUCUCUUUUUUAUCUUUUCUUUCUUUCUCUUCUCUUUUUUAUCUUUUUUUUCUUUUCUCUUCUCUUUUUUUCUCUUCUCUUUUUUUCUCUUCUCUUUUUUUCUUUUCUCUUUUUUUCUUUUCUCUUUUUUUCUUUUCUCUUUCAUCCCAAUCAAGGCAGUAAAGCCACAGACAUAG